AUGAGUAGAUAUAACUGCCUACAAAUUCUGCUGUACGCUGGCGUUUUCUUGAUGGCUUUAGGGAACUUCCUCUUCCUGUUUAUUGAGAAAGGCUCUCCAAAUUGGCUGGUAGGCUUGUUUUUGAUACCAGCUAAUUUAGGACAAGGUAUAACUUUCCCCGCAACGUUAUUCACAUUCAUUUUUGCAUUCCCCAAGAGUCGUCAAGCGACAGCAACUUCUACUCUAUACCUAUUCAGAAGUAUUGGUUCCGUAUGGGGUGUCGCUAUGUCGACAGGCGUCAUUCAACUUUAUUUUGGCAAGAGCUUGCGUUCAAAUCUCAAGGAUCUAUUAGACGAAGAUAAGAUAAACGAACUGGUUACCAAGAUAACUUCGAACUCAUCUUACAUUGAAAAGCUUCACGGUGAGUUAAAAGAUGUCGUGAUUGAUGUUUUGAUUCUAGCACGAAAAAAGACUCACUUGCUAUCAACGAUUCUUUCUUUACUAGCGCUGGCUUUCUGCGUAAUCAAGGAGUUCUUGAAGAAGCCCAAAAUCAAAGAAGAAGGGACUUAUUGCGAACGGUAG